UUACGGGGAAACUACUUGUAUUUACAAAAAAAUGCGCAUGACCAUAUUUAAAUAAGCACAUUGCAAACUGUACAUAGUUACUUUAUAUUUUGCAGUUACUCAUUCUAACGAUACUUAGUGCCUUUGAGAAAUUGUUGAAAAAUCCCUAAUUCUUUAAACGUCCGCCAUUCUCUGAUUUGCGCAACCACCGGAUGACAUCUCUCUACUUCCACCUUCGGUGUUGAGCGUGUUAAGCAGUGCUGAGUUCUAAGCAUUCCGAUGUGUGAUGACGUUUCGGGGCACGGAAGGUGGGGAGGCAGAGGUGCAUUGUGGAUGUUGUGGACUGGACACGAGCCGUGGCCCGAGGGCCUAUGGACUGUUGUGUUCACUAUAAGUGAACAUCUGAUGGUGCCGCCCGCAAUAAUUUGUCUUUAAAUUAAGAUUUUAUUUGAUUUUAGUUAGUGAUUAAUUGUUCCGUCAUUUAUGUUGUGAAAGUUGCAGUUAAAUACACCUUACGUGUAAAAUGUGGAGCCCUACCCAUGUCCAAGUGACAGUGCAGCGAGCCAGAGGUCUCAUAUCGAAGGGGAAAAAUGGGACAAACGAUGCUUUUGUUACUAUCGGGCUUGGAAAAGAAAAAUAUCAGACAUCUGUCAAAGAAAAAGCUGAAAAAGAUGUUGAAUGGCGCGAGGAAUGUGAAUUACUUAUUCCAAAGCAGGGAAAUACAGCAGAAAUAGUAUUAACAGUUCUGCAUCGUAAUUUCAUAGGAGUGGACGAAUUUUUAGGAAUGGUCAGUGUGCCACUGGCUGAAUUUGAUGUUUAUGAAAGACCCAGAAACAGGUGGUACACGUUGAAGAGUAAACCUGGGAAAGAAAAAAAUAAACCACGUGGAGAAUUAGAGGUGAAGAUUGCAUUCACUGUGAAAGCUGGAAGUUUAACCGAUCUGAGUAAGAAGGAAAAACAUAAAUCCUCUUUGGGUCAGUUAUCUCAUAUGGCCCAAUCUGUCGGAGGCAGUUUAUUGAGCAUAGGUAGUCUUGAGAAAAGGAAGGGAUUGAAGAAACUGGCGAAGUCCAUUGGCCAUAAGAUGGGAAAGGGACAUAAGGAACAAGAUAGUGAAGAUAAAUUCCGUCCAAUGUCAGGUGGAGUAAGUGGAUCAUACCUACGUUCAGCUCAAGUUGCUGGUGAUGCAGAUCCUGGAGUUAUUAGUGAAGAUGAGGAUGAAUUUACUUUUGAUGAUUUGUCACAUAAGAGUUCAGAAAGUUCAUUAAAUACCAAUAAUGCUACUACAACACCUGUGGUUGGAUCUUUAGAAAACCUAGCUGGAGGAGAAUUCUUACGUCGCACUACUGUGUCAGCCAUUCCACCUGCAAAACCUCCACGCAACACCCUCUCACAUGAGAAACAUAUGGAUGAAUGGGAGCAAAAAUUGUUCGGUAAACAAGGGAAAGAGAGUUCUAUUGCUUCUAUGGAGACGCUGAAGAGACGAUCAUGGGAAAACAACAAGCCACUGUUUAACAGUCAAGGGUCUGAAAAAGAAACCAUUGAAGCAAUAGCUGGUUCUGAUAUUCCUUCUGCUGCAACUACCUCUGCUACCAAUAUUCCUGCAACAUCCUCAGUAAAAAAGCUCAUAGAAGAGAAUUCUUUGAUGCAAUCAGUAAAUGCAUCACAAGAGAAAGAAAAAUUGGAGGAAAGAGAAAAAGAACCUGAAAAGGAGAAAGAGAAAGAGAUGUCUAAGCUGGCUCGGAAGUUCAAAAAUUUUCGGAGAGAAACAAAAUUGCCAGAGACUGUCUCAGAAUUGAAGAGUGCUUUGGCUGAAGAAAGGAUUAUCAUUGGUGGAGAAACUGAUGGUGCAACACGGUCAUCCACUGGUCGUUUGUCUGCAGAGGUUUUACAUAAAUUUGAAGGGAAAUCACGUGAGGAUCUGAUUGACAUGGUGUGCAACUUGCAAGCUCAAGUGGAAGGGCAGAACAAAAAGAUGCGUGAUCUGGAAGACUAUUUGGAUAACUUAUUACUGCGUGUUAUGGAAACUACACCUCGUAUUUUGCAGAAUCCAUAUGUAAGCUGCAAGACACAGGCUAAAGUUUCUUAAAAUGCAAGCAUUCACACAGUUUCACUGAAGGGACAUCUUUUGUGCGGUCUAUCAGAAGUUUUUCACCUGAGAGAUAAACACUUUCUAUUAUUUAAUGAUCAUUGAUUUUAAACAUAUUUUGACUGCAUUGGUUAAGUUUCAACUUGGUGAAUGUUUUAGCAAUACGAAGUAAUACUGGAACAACCAGACUUUCCUUGCAAACUAGAACGCCUAAAUGUGUCAAAAUUGGCACAGGACUAAUUAUAGCAUCAUUUAUUGAAUGAAUGUACAAUUUUUGAUGGGAAAGAAUUCUAUGAAUUAUUGCAUGCAUUAAGAACAAUUUUAAUAGAUAUGUUUAAUUUUGUAAAUUCAAAAACUAUAGGAAAAGGGUACAGAAGCUUCAGUGUAAGACAACAUGCCUUUUACUCCUUUAAACAUUUUUGUAAAGGGUGUUGCAUUAUACCAAAUUGUUCUUCUUAGAAGUAGAGAUGAUAUUGAACUAAACUUUUGCAGAAAUACUUUUCUAUUUUUCACUUCUAUAUGAAUAAUAUUUAUACAACACAACGGUCUGCAGCUGAGUUUUUCUGUCAGUUUAUUCGUAUCUCCUCUCCUAAACACAAAUUAUAUAAAAAAUUCAAAUAUUUUUAUUUUCUUAUCCUUGAUCUAUUAUAAGAACCCUAUUGUUGUAGUGGCCCUGAAUGAAAUUUUUUAGGUGGCUUUAUUUCUUUUGCUGCCAUUCUUAUUUUAUUUAAAUUCUCAAGAAUACAGCCCACAUCGGAGGCUAGAAAUUGUCGUAUGUGACAUUUAAAUCUUUGUUUAAAGGGAAUUUUAUUUCAUGUCAACAUAGUGACUAUGUCAUGUUUAAUAGGGCCAAAAAUCAUCCUUACCCACAUAAUGAAAUGCUGUUAUCAUAUAUUUUGAAUGCUAGUCAACAUUUCUGUCCAUAAUAAAUUCAGUUAUAACUGUGCACGCCAUUUAGUGGAGUUAGGAUGCCAUUCACAUGUUGAAAGAGCUGUUCAGCUAGAGUCAAAUAUGCUCCCACAAAUGCUAGUGGUCCCAUGGUUCCCCACUCUCUGUAAAAGCUUUAUGUGCUGGAAUGCAAAGCAUACUUUGUUUUCUUUAUCAAGAGGAAUGGAAUCUGGUUUCAAGUUUAAUUUCGUUUGCUUGCUCAAAAUCCUGCUUGGGUACAAACAUCCAUUCAGUCUUUAAACACAAAAGACGAUGUGCCAAAAAUUGUAUGUUUGGGCGUUCUAAGUAAAUUGGAAAAUGUACGUAAUACUGUAUGGUCCAGAUAAGUAAAAUCUGUUGAGAUUAUUUAUCCAUCAAAAGGUCACUGAAGCCCAACUCUUUAGGUUCAGCGUUUAAAAUUCAGCUUAUAACAGCACAUGAAAAUCUCAAAUGUACCCAAAAGGACAGGUCGGGUAUUCUAGUGCUAAAAGCCAAGUAAAGAAAAGUCUUUUGUAAUCCAGCUCAACGUCUACAUUUUUUAGAUUUUUAUAUCAUAAUGCAGUAAUUGCAUUAUGAUGAUGAAUAGAUAAUUGUAAUUUUAAUAGAAUUAGUGACUUGAUGUAUUUAAAAUAUUCCAAAAAUGUUCAGCUUUCUCAUACACAUUAUUGCAAGACUUUAGUGAAGGAGUAAAACCCAUGUUACAAUGUAAUUGUUUUAAACCAUGAAAGGAUUGCAAUUUAUUAAUCUAUAGUGUGUGAAUGGUAUUCAGCACAGCACUUUCACUUGUAAUUUACUUACUAUUACACAGCAAAUGAAGUUUCCUGACUCACAUAAAAAUAAAGAUUUCCCAGUAACAUUUUAGGAACUUUAAAAUACGGUAGAAUUAAUUUUGAAGCCCUGAACUGCAUGAUCUGUUGUAGACUUCCGUUGAAACAAAUUUUGCUGGAUAUUUUUGGAAUUUGCUGUACUUCCAUUGACUGACUAAGUGCCUGUAGUAUAAAUAAUUUUUAUUUCGUUUAUUUUCAUUGUACCUCAUGAAUCACCUUUUAUUUUCGAGGUGUUGUGAAAAGACCUCUUUCUUAUUAGCAGUUAUUGUGUUGCUAAUAUUAUGCGAGCCUGCAUACUUCUUGCGACUCGCCAACAAGUCUUUAGUUGUGUAGAAUUUGCAUUUCUAUGAAUUGUCUGUAGUUACUGCAAAAUGAAUGUUAUUUAUUUUAACUUGGUGACAUUUUUGUCAUUGAUAGUUUUAUAUUCAGUGGAAGCAGUUUGCACUAAGUAUAUUACAUGGGAAUCAAUAACCGUGAAAAAUGCAAUGGCAGCAUAUUUUGAUGUUUGUAUCUGCCUAGAAAUCAUUUAACACAAAAAGCUUUAUCAUUGAAUAUGAUUUGUCAAAAGGCACUGAUGUACGCAAAUAUAUAUAUAUAUAUAUUCUUUCUUUUGUUAUUUAUUGUGUAAAAAGUUAAGGAAAAAUCCUUUUAUGAGAAACUUCAAAAGAGGCAACAAAAUUUUUCAGAUUUAUAUUUCAUUACAAAUAGAAGUUCAUCUAUUAAUGGCUCUUUAGUUACAAAAACAUCAAGGUAUAAGAGUGUCAAUGAAAUUGUGCCUCGAAAAAGCAUCUAGGAACAGUUGCAUAAAUAUUUGAUUCAUUGAUAGGUUGAAAUUUUGCCGCAUAUUUUUACUAUUAGUCUAUUUAUAUUGUUGAUUUUUGUGUUAUUAUUAAUGUGUGUUUCUGACACCUGACUGGUUCUUGGUUGGUUUUUCCUUCAAGACUGGAUUAUAUUACUACCACUAGGUCCAACAUCCCUCCAAAAAAUGGACAGGGAGAAUGCAUUAACUUUUGAAACAGGGUCUGAGAGAUUGGAGGACAGUUUUAAAUCUGUAUGUAAUGGUGAACUGUCCAUCUAUUGGUUGGAUGUUGUCUAAGUGUAUUGGUCUGUUGGUGAAAGUAUUUAUGUUACCAGAGUUUUUCCUUGUCAAACUUGUUAGAAACUUUCAUAAAAGCUUAUUCGUGAAGUUUGUCUUCCAAGUUAAGCCAAAAAGCAAAAGGAAAAAAAUGAGUAAUGUUAAAACAUUCUGUAAAAUUGUUUAUUUUUAUACUAAUAAAGGCAAGGUUGUAAUAUCACAUGUUGAACAGCA